GAUUCACGCUGCUUCUGCCGCAAUACAAAAUCUAAAGAUCCGUAAAGAGGAAAAUCGUCAGUUUUUCACCGAGACAAAUCUUGUACUCCUAAGUAAAUUGAAAAAAGUUAUGAUAAAAAUUGCAAAAUACAUUAAAGAGAUUCGAGAAUUUAAAUGGCUAAGGAGGUAUUUCACCAGCAAAAGUAUUGAGGAGACGUUCAGGCUGCUUACCACGGAAUUUGAUGGGUACAUCUCGUCUUUGAACUUCUCGAUAAUUAUUGAAUUAAAAAUGCAAAAUGAAAAGGACUGUGCCGCUUUAAAGCACGAUACACAUGAAACAAACCAGUUGCUUUUACAACUUGUUGAGUCCGUGAACUAUAACAAGGAAUUUCGUGAUGACGUUACAAAAAUCAAAGAUGGGGUUAUGGACAUCAAAGAAUGUGUGCAGGACAUUAAAAACAUCAAGGAUUGUGUUCACGAUAUUGUUACGAUGUUGAAACACUUUGAAGAAUUUUCUACCAUGAAGAAAUUAUUUAAUAAUUUACAAAGUUCGCAAUAUAAGAGCGAACUAAAGGAAGAAGAUUUUAUCGAUUCACUACUAAAUCUCGGUGAUUUCACUUUCGCCGAGAGAUCACGUGGUGGUAUUCAAAAAUGGAUAAGAAAUUCCGAUCAUUUGGAAUUGGCUUUUACUGAAAUUAACUCGAAUCUUCUUUCGAAAGAACACCAAAAAAGUCUCUUAUUUGAGGUUAGCCUGUUGAAAAAACUUCGAGGUUCACGUGACAUUGUGCAAUUCUAUGGUCUGGUCAAGGAUGAGUACCGAUCAAAAAUGUAUCUCGUCACCGAAUGGUCGCAAUAUGGGAAUUUACGUGAGUAUUAUAAGCAAAAAAAGCUUAAACCAUCCAUAAAAUUACAAAUUGCAUUAGAUAUUGCCCUCGGACUUAAUUUUCUCCAAGCCUGUCAAAUCCUACACCGUGAUCUGCGGAGCGUGAAUAUCAUGAUCGGUUCUCAUGAACACGCAAAACUCGCAAACUUUA